AUGUCUGGGACUGCCGCAGUUGCGGGUGAUGUGUUUGUUGAUGCUUUACCUUAUUUUGACCAAGGUUACGAUGCCGCUGGUGUCAGGGAAGCUGCUGCAGCAUUAGUGGAGGAGGAGACAAGAAGAUACAGACCGACCAAGAAUUACCUGAGCUACCUGCCUACUCCUGACUUUGCUGCUUUUGAGACUGAAAUUAUGAAGAAUGAAUUUGAUCGCCUAGCCGCACGACAACCUAUGGACCUCCUGAGCAUGAAGAGGUAUGAGCUGCCAGCACCCUCUGCAGGUCAAAAGAAUGACAUUACAGCUUGGCAGGAUUGUGUGAACAACUCCAUGGCCCAGCUAGAGCACCAAGCGGUUCGCAUUGAGAACCUGGAGCUGAUGUCGCAGUAUGGAACCAAUGCAUGGAAAGUCUAUAACGAUACACUGGCCUUCAUGAUCGAGAUGGCACAAAAGGAACUUCAGAAAUUCAGGAAACAAAUUCAAGAUCUAAAUUGGCAGCGUAAAAAUGACCAGUUAGCAGGAGGAGCGAAACUUCGUGAGCUUGAAUCAAACUGGGUGUCGCUGGUCAGCAAGAACUACGAGAUUGAGCGGGCAAUUGUGCAUCUAGAAAAUGAAAUGAGUCAACUCAGACAGCAGCAGGGAGAUGAGAACAAGGAGAACAUUAGGCAGGAUUUUUGA